GCGCAGGGGCGUGACUGGGAGGCGCGAAGGAAGCCGUCAGGGUCCGGGCCUUGCUUCCCCCGCCCGCGAGCCGGAGACGUGCCAUGGGCCGGAUCACAGAAGAUCUUAUUAGACGGAAUGCUGAACACAAUGACUGUGUAAUUUUUUCCCUGGAGGAACUCUCCUUGCAUCAGCAAGAAAUAGAAAGGCUAGAACACAUUGACAAAUGGUGCCGGGAUUUAAAAAUCCUCUAUCUUCAAAAUAACCUCAUUGGAAAAAUUGAAAAUGUUAGCAAACUCAAGAGACUUGAAUAUUUGAAUUUAGCUUUAAACAACAUUGAAAAAAUUGAAAAUUUGGAAGGAUGUGAAGGGCUGACAAAACUCGACCUGACUGUAAAUUUCAUUGGAGAGCUGAGCAGCAUUAAAACCCUUCAGCACAAUAUCCACCUGAAGGAGCUCUUUCUCAUGGGCAACCCGUGUGCUGACUUUGAUGGUUACAGGCAGUUCGUGGUGGCAACUCUUCAACAAUUAAAGUGGUUGGACGGUAAGGAAAUAGAGCGAUCAGAAAGGAUCCAGGCAUUGCAGAACUUUCCAGUAAUUGAACAACAAAUCAGAGAGCAAGAGAAAGCUUACUGCCUCAAACGAGCCAAAGACAAGGAAGAGGCUCAGAGGAACCUGCGAGAAGAGGAGGAAAAUGAAGCCAAGGGGAGAAGUUACCCAGGCUUUGAGGGACAGAGGUACGCAGACAUCAGGGCUACUUGCCCAUUUUCAGUAGAGAGCAAAGACCACAUCCAGGCACCAGAAGGACAAGAAGGAGAAUGCAACCAAAAGAAGUUCAAGGACAGCGAAGAUGACCUGGAAUUCUGGAACAAGCCCUCUUUGUUUACUCCUGAAUCUCGAUUGGAAACACUUAGGCAUAUGGAAAAACAACGGAAAGACCAAGAAAAAUUAAGUGAAAAGAAGAAGAAAGUGAAACCACCCAGGAUUUUGAUCACUAAAGAUGGGAAAGCCUUGAAUGUAAAUGAUCCCAAACUUGACUUCUCCUUGAAAGAUGAUGAAAAACGUAACCAGAUCAUCCUGGACCUUGCUGUCUAUAGGUAUAUGGACACCUCUUUAAUCAAUGUUGAUGUGCAGCCAACUUAUGUCCGAGUCAUGGUCAAAGGAAAGCCAUUCCAGCUUGUCCUUCCUGCAGAAGUCAAGCCUGACAGCAGCUCUGCCAAACGAUCUCAGACGACAGGGCAUUUGGUGAUCUGCAUGCCCAAGGUAGACGGAGUAAUCACAGGUUGGAGACAAACAUCAAAGCCUGGGGAAAGUACCUUGGACAGCAGCAGAGAGCACUCGAACCAAAGAAGCAAGCAAAUUGAGAAACUAGAAGUAGAUCCUAGCAAGCAUUCCUUCCCUGAUGUGGCUAACAUAGUUCAAGAGAAAAAACACAGGCCCCGAAGAGUUCAAUCUGAACCCAAAAUUACAGCAAGUGAGGAAGAUCCCGACUUUGAAGAUAACCCUGAAGUGCCUCCAUUGAUUUGAAACAUCAGGCUGCAUCGAUGGACCCACCAGACCCAGUUCUGUUCAUUGCAGAGUGUGUGCAGACCAUUUACGGUAAACACAGAGUUAUUUAUCAACGUUACUACUCCAGUGUUUUAGCUUCUACUUUAUACAGUAAUAUUCUUAAACUAGUUUAAAAUUCAAAUGUUCACCUUAAAAUGCUAUAACUCAUUUGUCUAUAAUAAAAUGCUCCUAGUGCAAAUGUUCCAUAAAUCAAAGAACUAUUACAUUAAGACGUUGAUUUUCAAUCAUAGGACUGGCUGCUAAUGCAGACAGAUGAAGUCAGAGAUAAAAGGCCUGAUUAUUAAAUUGGUACUUCAGCAAAUUGGUCAAGCUCAGAAGUUAAAACUGUAAUUUCAGAUCGAAUCGGAAUGCUUUAAUAUGAUUUUAGCAGUGUUUCAAUUUUCUUCUCAUGAUUAUUGGUGGUAAUACCUUGGAAUGAUGAAGAGGAGAGCGAGCAGAGGUAGGAAGGGAGAACCUCUAAGGCUGUAGAUAUAGGCUUGACUUCCACAAAAUGAGGGGAAGGAGGUGGAGGGAGGGGGAUGGAGGAUGGGCUAAAUGGAGCCUUGGGAGACAGCGCAGCUCUGAGAGCACUCCAGCCAGCCCAGCGGGAGCUCUAGCACAGGGUUGUCCACAGAAGACGAGCCUCUUGGGUCAAGAUGGCUGAGCCCAGCUACCCCUGCCAUAUUCAGGUCUUGGCCAGUAGCUCCCUGCCCUGAGACUGGUGGCCAGGGCGGGAGACUUUUGGUGCUCUGUACUCCUUGUGCAGAUUCUCUCUUGGGGAGAGCUGAGCUGGGCGCCUCUGUCGUGCCACCAGGAGGUUACAGAAGC